UUAAUUUUGUUUAUAAGUUAAGAAUUUAAAGUGACAAUUUUAUUUGCAAAUAUGUAACUCAUUUUUUCAUGCGUUUUCCUCAUCAUCAUUUGCAUUUUUUCCUGCAGCUUAUUCUGAUCCUCAGUAUUACUAUGAACUGACAGUCCAGUACCAUGCAGCCCCCUGCAAUAGUUUUCGUAACACUUCUUUUGGGAAGGCGUUGCUUCAGAUACUCAGCAAGCUCGCUGCUGACCUUUCAUGUGAGGUUUCAUUAAUUAAGUCAGAAUGCCACCAUGUAAAAAUGCAGAGAGGAGGCCUACAGAACAAAACGUUCUUUACAUUUUCAGUUACUUGCUUAGACACAGAAAACAACAAACCAUGUCCACAAAGUGCUUGUGAUGCACCUCAUAGAUUAUACAAGGCAAAGGACCUCAUAGAGAGAUUCUUUGAGAAAGAGGUGGAAAUUAGGAAGAAAAGUUCUGAACCAUGGCCUGAAAUAUACUACAUUGAAGAUGCAUCUUUGGCAGAUAUGGAGGCAAGAUUUCACAUCUGAAGUACCUGAAGCAGUCCUGAAACAUGUCUGCUUACUACUUCCCAUGGCUGCAGAUGUCCUUCUGCCAGUAUUCUCAGACAUAUACUCUUCUCUUUCAUUUACCUCUUGGUAUAAUUAAUCUUUGCCAGAAUCCUAAACAUCAUAUCAUGUGCAGUAUAGCCGAAAGAGUCCUCUGCUGUAUAGCAGUCCAUUGUUCUGCCUCAAAGCAAGAUAAGAGUUUUCACUGACAGAUGUAUCCUGCAUGAUCUUAACAACCUCUAAGGUUAGACUUCACAGACUCCUGAGGACAUGGAACUCAGUACUGAAAAUCCUUACCGUUGGAAAGCUUUAUUUUAAGAAAUUUUUGUGGUUUCCCUUGAUUUUGUUUAUACCUGUUACUCCUUGUUAUGUGUCAGCAAAUGUGUUAGCAACAGCUUUUGUAUGUCCUAGAAGAUUCCUACCAUUUUCUCUUUCUGAUAUUGCCUUCAUUGAAAUAAAAGUUCAGUCUUUUCGGUCAUGUUUUGGCUUACGGCCUCUGCAGAGCGUUACUUCUAUCUACUGCAUUUUAA